AUGGCUCUGGGCUGCCGGGCGCUGGCGCUGGUCCUGGGGGCGGUGGUCCUGGGGGCGGUGGUCCUGGGGCCGGUGGCCCUGGGGGCGGUGGCCCCGGGGGCGGUGGCCCCCGGCCGAGGCUCCCCCCGGCCGAGGCUCCCCGCGGCCGCCCCGACCACCGGCCCCGAGCGGCCGCCGAGACCGGCGCCCCGACAGCCGCCGCGCCAGUGGCUCCUCCAGUCUCCGCGCCAGGCUCCUCUCCAGUCGCCCGUCCAGCCUCCGCGCCAGUCUCCGGGGUCAGUGCGACUCCGAGGAGGCAAGAACAAAUUUGAAGGGACCGUCGAAGUGUAUUCCAACAAAGUCUGGGGCACCAUCUGCAGUAGCCAAUGGAAUGAUAACGGUGCAGCCGUCGUGUGUCGCCAACUGCAGCUUGGAGAAAGAGGUGUAGCCAAGCAAACACCACUUUCAGGAUUGGGUCUUAUCCCGAUAUCCUGGAGCAGUGUCCGUUGCCGUGGGGAUGAAGAAAAUAUACUGCUUUGUGAAAAAGACGUCUGGCAGGAUGGGACAUGUCCUCAGAAAAUGGCAGCCGCUGUCACAUGUAACUUCUCCGGUGGCCCUGCUUUUCCUCCUGUGCGGUUGGUUGGAGGGAGAAGUUCUCACGAAGGCAGAGUAGAAGUCUACCACGGCGGACAGUGGGGGACUGUCUGUGAUGACCAGUGGGACGAUGCCGACGCUGAAGUGAUCUGUAGGCAGCUCAGCCUAGGUGGCGUUGCCAAGGCAUGGAGCCAGGCCUACUUUGGAGAAGGCUCUGGUCCGGUGCUCUUGGAUGAAGUCCGCUGUACUGGAAAUGAGCUUUCUAUAGAACAGUGCCCAAAGAGCUCCUGGGGAGAACACAACUGUGGUCACAAAGAAGAUGCUGGCGUGUCCUGUACCCCUCUGACAGAUGGUGCCAUCAGACUAGCAGGUGGGAAAGGCAGUCAUGAGGGACGCUUGGAGGUGCAUUACAGCGGACAGUGGGGCACGGUCUGUGAUGACGGGUGGACCGAGCUGAAUACACAGGUGGUUUGUCGGCAGCUGGGAUUUAAGUUUGGCAAACUUGUGCCAGAAAGUCGCUUUGAAGAAAGCCCGGGGCCCAUCUUGUUGGAUGAUGUCAGCUGCUCAGGAAAAGAGUCCUCUUUCUUUCAGUGUUCCAGGCGCGAAUGGGGUAAACACGACUGCAGCCAUCGGGAAGAUAUCGGAAUCACUUGUCACCCAGACAACAACGUUCACAGACUUUCCCUGGGUCUUCCUAUCAGGCUGAUGGAUGGAGAAAAUAAGAAAGAAGGACGCGUGGAGAUUUUUAUCAGUGGCCAGUGGGGCACAAUUUGUGAUGAUGGAUGGACUGAUAAGGAUGCAGCUGUUGUCUGCCGACAACUUGGCUACAAGGGCCCAUCCAGAGCGAGAACCAUGGCAUAUUUUGGGGAGGGAAAAGGGCCCAUCCACGUGGAUAACGUCAAGUGCACAGGAAACGAGCGGUCUCUGGCCGACUGUAUCAAACAAGAUAUUGGGAAGCACAACUGUCGUCACAGUGAGGAUGCAGGGGUCAUCUGUGACUAUUUUGGCAAGAAGGCUUUGGGGAACAGCAAUACAGAUUCCCUUUCAUCUGUUUGUGGUUUGAGGUUACUGCAACGUCGGCAAAAGAGGAUCAUUGGUGGGAAAAAUUCUCUGAGAGGCGGCUGGCCUUGGCAAGUGGCUCUGCGGCUGAAAUCGCCCCACGGAGACGGCCGGCUUCUGUGUGGCGCCACGCUGCUCAGCAGCUGCUGGGUGCUCACGGCAGCACACUGCUUCAAGAGGUAUGGCAACAACACUCGAAACUACGCGGUGCGAGUUGGAGAUUAUCACACGUUGGUGCCGGAGGAGUACGAAGAGGAAAUAGGAGUCCGGCAGAUCGUGAUUCACCGCGAUUACCGCCCGGACGGCAGCGACUACGACAUCGCCUUGGUUAGGCUGCAAGGACCAGAGGAGAGGUGUGUCAGGUUCAGCACACAUGUUUUGCCCGCCUGCUUGCCGCUGAAGCGUGAGAGGCCCCAGAAAACAGCCCCUAAUUGUUAUGUAACGGGGUGGGGCGACACAGGUCGAGCGUACUCAAGAACCCUCCAACAAGCAGCCAUCCCUUUACUCCCCAAGAGGUUCUGUGAGGAGCGUUACAAGAGCCGCUUUACGGGGCGGAUGCUCUGUGCAGGAAGCCUCCUGGAACAGAAACGCGUGGACAGCUGCCAGGGGGACAGCGGAGGACCGCUCAUGUGCGAGAGGCCCGGUGAAAGUUGGGUCGUGUACGGGGUGACCUCCUGGGGUUAUGGCUGCGGAAUCAAAGAUUCUCCAGGGGUCUACACUAAAGUGUCGGCGUUCGUAACCUGGAUUAAAAACACCACCAAGCUGUGAGAAACCUCAUUUGGGUGCCAGGAGACAUAACAGUAUUUAAAACUGGAGAAGCUUGAACUGCAACUGGUGCACAGCCGGGGCCUUCAGUGUGAAAAGCGGACACAUUUUUUUUAGUUUUCUAGGAGAAGGUUGAAUCCAAUGUAUCCAUAUUGUUGCCUUUUUAUAUGGUUUUCUGCCAUUGUGCAUUUAUCCCAAAGGUGGUAUUUCCAGAAGCAGAUGUUGGGGUAGUUAGGUCUCCCUGUGAGUGCCCCUAGUUGAGCCAAACAUUGGCUAAAAAGGUCACCUAUUUUCAAUACCUGCACUUUUGCAAUUCCAACUUGAAUGAGGGUUGAAAAAUAGGAUAUAUCCUAUGAAGUGUACUUUGUUUUCCACCUCUACACUGU